CUUGAAAACAUAAGAAACAACGUUAAAAACGUACAUUAUCGAAGAGGUUCUCAUGAAAGUACUACAUCACAUACAACUUCAUCGGAGUCCACUUCUUUUAGUAGUGGAAAUACUAGUACAAGUGAUGAUUCUUCUAACAGUUCCAGUUCUAGUGAUAGUGAGACUGAGUCACUAGAGAGUGAUACAGAAAAAAAAAAGAUCAUAGACAAUGAAGAUUCGUAUGCAUUGGAUCAAGAAAUAUGUCAACUGAUUAAGUAUUGUGUGGCAGGAUUGGAAAAUUGUGCUUUGCGAUUUCCAGAACACUACAAAUCUGUUUAUCGUCUAGCAUAUUUUUAUUUUAAUAAUAAAACUAACCGCUGCAUUUUAAAAUGCAAACAGCUCUUAUUAGGAAGUUAUACUUGUCAGUUUCAUCAAAACAAGAAGAUUCAAGGUCUUUUUGCUGAAAGAAAAAAUACGAACUUUUUUAAUGGAAUUUGGCGAAUUCCGAUCCAUGAAAUCGAUAGACCAGGAAGUUUUGCUUCACAUAUGUCUAAGUGUGUUUUGCUUCUAAUGCAAGUUUUAAACGAAACAAACGACAGUAAAAUGUUGUUUGAGGUGUGCAUGCAAUUACGAAAGUCACCUGAUGCUGACAAAAAAUACUUAAGAGAUAAAGAAAGAGAACAACUAUCAGUCCAAGCAUUGACUCUGUGUCUGCAAUGUUUAAGAAACAGAAUAAAAAUACAAAGUAUACAAAAAAUAUCUUCUACAAACCAUUAUACUACCCUAAGUGAUCAAACAAAUACUCUGCUUGAUAUUUACCACACAUACCAUUACAUGAAGAAUAUACCAGAGUAUCGUGUGUCAGAACUACCAAAAGUCCAAAAAAUAUUAGAAGAUGCAUACGUCCAAUAUACUGGAAAUCUGAACCAAAAAAUUCAGGGAAAUGUAUUUGAUUUGGCAAAAGAGUUCUGUCGAAUAAAACUUCGAGGAAGUAAAACAAUCGCUGCUGAAAAUGUUGCAAGAGUUCCACAUGAGACAAAUGCAUUUAUUCCACUGAAUAUCCUCAAUGGUAACAUCAAUGCAACAAAGGAUGCAUUGACUACUAAUGAAGAACAACAAACACAAAAGAUAUUUAGUUAUGAAAUUUCAAACCAAGUUCAAACAUCUGUUACUACCAAAUCCCAACAGACAUCGAACUAUAAAUCAAAGGUGUUAAAUAAUCAAAUGGAAAUAAAACCGUCAUUAUCUGAAACUACACUUAUAUGUGAUCCCAAGUAUUUAACGGAUAAUUUAUACUCAAGUAGUGCAUUUAUUGAAGCAAACAUCUUAAGUUCUAUGCUUGGAUCAAAUUUUGGAGUCAAUGUAAUGGACACAGCAAUUAAUUAUUUUAAUCAAGUAGAAAUAUACCAGAAUAUCUUACAACAAUACCAAAAUAAUUUAACUGUAUCAAGUUCAAGUAUGAAUUAUACAAAUGUUAUUUCCAGUCAUUCAGUGACUCAUGAACCAAGUAUCUACAAGCCAAAAAUUAAUUUCGAUCGUAUGAAAGAAAGACCUGGUAUAUCAAUAACGCCUAUUGUGAGUCCUGUAAAUAGUUUGAGCGAUGAACGCAUCAAAAGUUUGAAUACUGAUAGUGAAAAAACCAGCAUUCCACGUGUGACAAUUUGUUCCCCAAAAAGGGUCAAAGUUAUGCCUAGUCAGAAACGUUCUGUAUCUAAUGUUAAUAAAAGGAGUAUUACAGGUUCAUUGUCAUGUAACGAAACAUAUAUAACUGCGAAAACAUUUAAGAACAAUAGAGGAGAUCAAAGUCUUUUUCCUGAAUCAAUACACGUUGGGUCGACAAGCGAAUGGUCUACAAGCACAGAUAAAGAAAGGACAAUUUCAUUACAGCAUAAACUUAAAAAACAAAUUCAACGCUCUCAUCUAUCUUCUAAAGUUAUUAAUUUGGUGGAAAGAUCAUCAGUCAGAAAUCCCUCACCAAAUAUAAUUACAGAACAAACAGAAACUAGUACCUAUCCAUUACCUCUAAGAGGUAAGAUGGUCACAGUAGAUGAAACAUUUUCUGAACGAUUGAAAGAGUUAUCCACUGUACAAAAAUCGAAAUCAAAAAUCUAUAGCUCACAACAACCAGCAAGAAUCUUAGAAAAUACAGAUAAAAAUCAGGCUUUUUCUGUGCUAUCUCAUCUGCAACAACAUUCCCAUUUAGAGAUUAUCCCACAAACAAAGCAUACAAAAAAAUAUGCUAAUGAAAUAAUUAAGAAGCCAAGAAUAUCAACUUUACCUCAAUCAGUGAGUAUUUCGAAUACGCAAAACAUUUCAGUGUCUAGAAAAUCAAACCGUAAGUUGGUAGACAAACAGUCGAGUGAAACUAAAAUGAAAAAAUCAUGUGUUGAUACCUCUGUUGAAAUAAUAACCUUAGAUGACUAAUGUAUUGUACGUAAGAAGUCAACAUAUUUAAAUAUAACUAAUAGUAUGAGAAUUUUUGUGUAACCGUGUAUUAAAGGACAUUCCUAUCAA